AUGGGCAAAUUUCAGGGUCGCAGACCCGUGGCCUGCACGGCAUGCCAUUCUCAAAAGUUAAAAUGCAGUGGAGAUAUUCCAUGUCAGCGUUGCAUUCAACGGAACAGAGAAUGCGUAUAUCCAAAGAAAGAGAAAUUCAUCACUGUGCCAGAAAGCUAUCUUCGCGAUAUCGAAGACAAAGCCAAUAUCAAUAGUCAGUUCAGCUUCUCAACUGACACUCAAGCUCCUAUCACUCUCUUUGACGGCAACCAUUUCUCUCCCGCAAGUGACACGGGUCCCUUGAAAAAAUCAUGUCCCGCAGAAGUUUUUAUACAAAAGUUGACAGAUAUUUCUGCCUUGCUACACCCAUAUAUACAGACAGAGUCAUGCCAGCAACUGCAAGUUGGCGAGGCUGGUGAAUACGUUUCCUUCCAUUUGAAAUCUGAGGAUGGAGGGUCUGGGGUGUUAGUCAGGCUUCCAUCAGAAAAGCAAGCCAUGCAUCUUCUAAGUGUCUUCGAAGAAGCGUGUAACGAAUAUCAUUGGUUUCUUCGUCAACGAUUCAGAGAUCGGAUACGGCAAACAUACUCCCAGCCCACAAGCCACACCGACGACAGAAAUUGGUUCUGCCAACUGUCACUUGUUUUGGCUCUGGGCCAGGCUCUGGGGAAGGAGCCAAAACAAGAGUCUGAAGAGACAGGUGACCCAUGGGAUUUCAAUCAGUCUUCAGCUCCAUUGGAUCUGUUUGGGCAAGCUGUGUCUUUAGUCAGCAUCUCAGAGACUCUAACAGUGGAGGAUCUUGAGGUAUUAAAUCUUAUGGCUUAUUACUGCCACUUCACAAAUCGACCAAAGACAGCUGUCGUCUACAUCAGCCAGAGCAUAGCACUAGCAAGACUACUUCAACUUGACGACCCAGAAACAUACAAACCCGAAAUUUCAGGGCGGCAAGAUGGCAAAAGCCAACAUGUUACCACAGAGCAUAUGCUUCGGCUGUGGUGGGCAACUGUGUGUCUGGAUAAGACACUCGCUUCAGAACUUGAGAUGACUCCAGUGUACUCGAGCCCUUCUAUGGAUUUACCGUUGCCGUCUUCAGAAAAUCUAUCACCCGAGGAUGAGGAGGAGUUCUUCGAUCUGGAUCUCUUAUUGGCAGAGAUUCAGUCUUGA